UUGGAAUUACUUUGAUUUAGGUUCAAGGGCAAAAUUGGAGGAUUUCUUGGACCAUAAUUCAUAAUAGUAAAAAUGGUUUUCAAACUAAAUUUGAAUAAAAGAGUUUUAGUCGAAAGAAGGUUUAAUAUUCGAAAAUAGAAUUCCAACAAGAAAUACCAAAUAUAUUUUUAAAUGAAAAACACAAAAGAGAUUAAAUACCAUAGAUGUUUUAUGCGCGUUAGUUUUAGGAGGUCCCGCUAAUUAUAUUUUCCUAGGUCUAGAAGGUUAUUAAGAACAUAAGAAUCAGCAUGAUGCAAGAUUAGAAAAUGACACAUUUUCAGGAUGUUACACCUGAUCCAAGAAAGGGCCCUGAUGAUGAUGAAGAAGACAGGGAGCAGCGCUCCCAGGGCCAGCAUAGGAGCCGCUCCCUCUGGAGCCGUGUUGGUGGACGAUCCUCCAGCCGGAGCAGGGAACCGGUUGGCAGUGAACGUCAGGUCUACACUCAAGAUUCGCGUGGGCGGCAGUGGGCAAGGGCUCCCUCUGAAGGCAGAAGCCGCUCCUACCGCUCUCGCUCCCCAAGUGAGGUACGUCCACCCCCGACUACCCAAGAAGAGGUACAAGAUCCCCAGCUCAGUCAGCCCUCUCCUCAAGUUCCUUCGCCUUGCAAGAAUGCACAACCGCGCCGUAGUGGGAGCCCUGACGCGGGCGCAAAUUUUACUGCCACGCAUUUUUCUUCUUCCUCUCCCCAUGAUGUGCAGCCUGAGCUACUGAUCUUCUCGCAGGGACAGGUGCUGGACAUGCUGGAAAAACACCUCGACCCCAUGCUCCAUGAAGCCACUAUCCAGCACUCCAUGUACUCACCAGUCUUCAUCCCUUCCAGCGCCCAGGAGAUCGUUGUGGGGGCUGCUACAGAAAUGCCUCCAGGGGCCAGGAACUUGAACGAGCUGGUGGCAGGCCUCUCCACGCCUGUCCAAGCGGCGCAUCUUCCAACCCCUGACGUGAGCUCUCGCCGUCCUUGCCGCAACAAGCAUUUCAAGAAGCCGCUGUCCCCUGCCUCAAUGAAGAUGAUCACAACCCUGGUUGAGAAGGGAGGAUGCAAAGGCGCCCGCCUGAAGACCGCCAAGAAGAAAGCGGUGGUGGUGCCGGUCUGAUGCUCCCUCAGCUAUGCAGUCCCUGUGAAGUGAUGAUUGCUGAUAUGCAUCAUCUCAUUCUAAAGAGUUCCAGCGCCAGCAGUUGUCCCCCACUCCUGCAGUCCUGCCUCCAGCUUGUGUUACUUUUGGUUGUAGUAGUUGCAUCAACUGUGUACAGCUGUCGCACCUGUGUUUCUCCCAGCUUUGCUGGCUGUGUUUCGGUGUGCUCUGUAUGCUGCUUGCCGACUGAAAUGUCAUCCCUAGUUGCCUCUCUGUUUACACUAUGUCACGAGACAAUGUUCAUCUGUUCAAUUGGAAUGUAAGAGGGCUUAAUGCCCAAGCAAA